AUGGAGCUCCUCAAGUGGCUGUUUGGUGUUGUUUUUGUUUGCCAUGUUUCUGCGCAGAAUGUCUGGUCGCAGAAGUACCAGCCUUCCUUGGAGCAGUUUUCCCACCAGGAAACAGUCCCUGCAGCUGCAGCUACCUUUGACGAAUGUGAUGUGGAGGAGGCUGAGAAGAUUCAGUGUGGAGCUCCAGAUAUCACUGCUGAAGAGUGUGAGGACAUCAACUGCUGCUUCAAUGGGCGUCAGUGCUACUACAGAAAUGCAGUGACUGUGCAGUGUACCAGGGAUGGCCAGUUCAUCAUCAUUGUGGCUAGAGAUUCCACAAUGCCACCCAUAGAUGUGAAUUCAAUCAGUCUGCUGGCUGCUGAUGAUGAUUCCUGUGGCCCAGUUGAUGAAAGCUCAGCAUUUGCCAUCUUUCAGUUCCCUGUGACUGCAUGUGGCACAACACUCAAGGAUGAUGACGAUUAUGUAGUCUACGAGAACCACAUGUCCUCUUCCUAUGAAGUGGGCCUUGGACCCCGUGGCUCUAUCACCAGGGACAGCCAUUUUGAGCUGCUGUUCCAGUGUAGAUACUCUGGCUCAGCUGUGGAGGCUCUCGUCCUGGAAGUGAACCCUCUUCCCUCCCCACUAGCAGUUGCAGCAGCUGGACCCCUGAGAGUGGAGCUCAGGCUAGGAAGUGGCCAGUGUUACGCAAAAGGAUGUGUGCCUGACGAAGCAGCAUACGACUCCUUCUACACUCAGUCAGACUACCCAAUCGUUAAAGUGCUGAGGGAACCAAUCUAUGUUGACGUUCAUCUCCUGGGCCGCUCUGACCCAAACAUCGUCCUGAACCUUGAGCACUGCUGGGCCACCUCCACACCAAAUCCUCAGAGCCUUCCACAGUGGGACCUCCUGAUUGAUGGGUGCCCCUACCACGAUGACAGAUACUUGACCACAGUGGUUGCUAUGGAUGCCUCCUCUGGCGUUGAGUACCCGACUCACUACAAACGCUUCAUCAGCAAGAUGUUCACGUUUGUUACUCCAGAAACCCUCACUCCCCAAAAGGAGACUGUUUUCAUCCACUGUUCCACAGCUGUGUGCCGUCCAAGCAGCUCCAACUCCUGUGAACAACGCUGCCACAGGCAACGAAGGGCUGCUGUAGAGAUCGUCCCCUCAAGCCAGAAGGUUCUUGUGUCAAGUGGUGAAGUGAUCCUGACUGAGCAGAGGAAGUCCACGAAUGAAUGA